AAUCUAGGAGAUUCAGGAGUGAAGCUGCUCUCUGCUGGACUGGACAAUCCUCUCUGUAAACUGGAGACACUGAAGUUGAGGGAGUGUAAUAUCACAGAUGAAGGCUGUGCUGCCCUGACUUUGGCUCUGAAAUCAAACCCCUCACACCUGAGAGUGCUGGACCUAUCUCUGAAUGAAUUAGGAGAUUCAGGAGUGAAGCUGCUCUCUGCUGUACUGGAGAAUUCUCUCUGUAAACUGGAGACUCUGGGGUUGAGGGAGUGUAAUAUCACAGAUGAAGGCUGUGCUGCUCUGACUUCUGCUCUGAAAUCAAACCCCUCACACUUGAGAGAUCUGAAUCUGUCUUAUAAUAAUCUAGGAGAUUCAGGAGUGAAGCUGCUCUCUGCUGUACUGGAGAAUCCUCUCUGUAAACUGGAGACACUGUGGUUGUGGAAUAGUAAUAUCACAGACGAAGGCUGUGGUGCUCUGGCUUCAGCUCUGAAAUCAAACCCCUCACACCUGAGAGAGCUGGAUCUGUCUGGGAAUUACCAGAUAAAGAGCGGACGUGAGCUGCUGUUUGAUCUUCAGCAUGAUAAACAUUACAGACUACAAUUUCUAAGAUGUCAUGCUGAUGGAGUGUAUUAUUGAUCACCAAAGAGACGACAUCAUGAAGAGAUGAAGUGGUUUCUGAAGGUGUUUGAGGAGCUCCAGCAGCAGAGGGAGACACAGUGUGUGUAAAUACAGUAUGAGUGUGUGGACUAGAUGGACAUGUGUGUUUGUGUACAGAACAUUCAUGAGAAAUUAAAUAGUAAACAAACUUUUAUGAGCCCACAGGCAGUCUAGGGUAAGAUGGGGCCAGUGUUUAACCCACUUAAAGUGAGGGUUUAUUUUCAUUUUAUGUUUGUACUACACUUAAAUAUAUAGGUAUAGUUGUUGCAGUUCUUGAAAUUUCCUGUAGAGGGCGCUUUAAGAUAGUCUGAGCCAGCUGGGAAAACCGGUCCAAACCAGUUUUAGAAAAAAAAAAACAAAACGAACGAUACCACGAAACCACUUGCAUCUUAGCUUCGGAUUUACUACUCUUAGCCAUAUUUUACUUAUUUCACUCUGUAAAGGUGAAAUUAUCCAUCAAGAUCUUUUGCUGUCGAUUAUUUCUCCUUUUAAUGAGCAACUCCGAUUGUUUUUUUUUUUUUUUUUGCAUUGAGUUUGGAUCCUUCAAGCAUGCGUCAGACUGUGAGUGAGACCAGAACGGCGAGCCAGGACAACGUGUUGAAAGCCGUCUGCCUUGCGUGUUGUUCCUUCACGGGCAGGGACAGAACAGGAGAAACAGAUAAGCUUUUCCUUACGAACUGAACUGAGAUUCAUCCCAAAGAAAUGAAAAGAAGCUGAAUAGCAGUCUUGAGCUUCAGAUUUAAAUUCAGAGACAGUGAACCUGAAGAGCUCUUAAGUUUUUUUUUGGGCCCAUUUUUAUUUCUUUUUUUGUCCUUUGUGUAACUGUUUGUUUCCUUGUUUUGUAUAUGGUUACUGAGCUAACAAUAUAUUCAUUGUUGUUAUUUUCUUCCAAGCCUUUGUCGCAUUUCAUUCUUUCCAUCCUCCUUGUUUCGAACCUAGCAAACAUGACCAAAGUGGAUUUCUCCAUACCAGUGAGAGGGUUACAAGUAAUAUAUGCUUCAAAUGUAAAGCGUGAGAAACAAACCAGGAAGGAACAGAACAAACACGUUCUGGCUUUUUACUGUUUAAUGCACACUAUGGUAGAUAUACAACAUGGCCACAAUGAGACCACAAAGAACAUGAUUAUUUACACUAUUAACAAUAUUUACACAAAAGUUGUUAUACCUGCUGGGGGGUUCUAGACCAGAAAGGAAAGGUAUCGUCUAAACGAAACAAAAAACUAUCCUAUCCCUUCAAUUUCUCACCUAACAGCAAAACAAAAAGGGCUACCUGCUCUGUUCUCACCUUUAGCAAAAAAUAAAUACAAAAAAGGCAACUCUUACCUCAUGUGUCUAUACACUGGGUUACUGCAUGCCGUAAACUGUAUGAGUGCACCCGUCUAACCUGUCUAGAACUGAAGAAAGCAUACAUGAGAGAGAGAGAGAGAGAGAGAGAGAGAGAGAGAGAGAGAGAUGCAAAGCAGUGAGGCAGUAAAGCUGGUAUGUCUUGACUACAGAAUGCAAUAAGGUACAAAACUAAUGUGCCUACAACAGAUCACAAAAUUGGAGUGACUGCAAAGCUAACAUGGGUACUAGAGUCAGCAAUGUACAAAAGCUAUCCUGGGUGAAAGAUUACAAAAGCGUAUGCAUCUAAAAAUAACAAAGCACAGUAGCUCACUGCACAGUUAUGGGCAAAAUGAAACUCCGGCCUCCUCGCGCAGCUUUGCUGGGUGGAGUUUCCCUUUGCUCCUCCCUUACCAGAAGAAAUGUUUUUGUUAAUCUGUGUUUGUACCAGUCGAGAUCAAGGCUUCCUUUAUUUAAGUUUUUGUUUUCCUUCUGUUUCCAUGAGAGCACAGUUAGAUGAAGUGAAGCUCAUUUUAAAUCAGAAGCAGACAGACAAGAAGAUUCUAUCUCACAGAUUUUAUACAUUUUAUGUAGAGUUUGUGGGGUUUUUUUCAUUAAGCUUUAUGAUCAGUACAGGAUGUGUACAGUUACAGUUCACUGUGUCACUAAUGUAACUGUCUGCACUUACAAAUAAUUGGUAAUAAUAAGGUUCUGUGUCUUUUAUUGUAACAGUGUUUGAUGUGGUUUUUAGAUGUAAAUUCAGAUUUGCAUUUCUUAAUCUUCUGUUUCUGAUGGGAGAGAUGAAGACAGAUGUGUGCAGAACUGGAGACGGACUGACUGUUAUCAGUUCUGAGCUCAUACAGGGAGAACAUGAUCAUCAGUGUCUCUUGUACUCUGAAGAUCUCUGCUGCUCCUCUCUGAGCUCUAAUAAAGCUCAUCUGAUUAUUAGUCUA